CAGACAGUGGGUUCAGUUGGGCAGUGCACAUAAAAAUGGAGCACCCAGGGCUGCCCAAACGCAUGCGUUGAGGCUGCCAUCAACUAAAAUGAACGCCAUGGAGUUCUACCUCCGGAGCGUCGACGCCCAGACCUGGCAGGACUGCGAGGCGGAGGGCGUAGACCCCGAUGCCGCUUUAACAGAGCUGCCCUCGCCGGCGCCCGAGGCACCAUCAAUGAUCGUCGAGGUCGCCCCGCCGGCUAUUUUAAAACCGCCACCGGCGCCGGCCGUGCGCCCGCCUAAACCACCACAGUCGCCCCAGCGCCGCGUGCCCCAGUCUCCGGCCUCCGCGGCGUCCGCCCGGCGACACAGCCGCGUGCCCCAGUCACCCGCCGAAGCUGAUGACCAGCAGGCACCUCUCUACGAGGCCGUCACCUUCCAGCCAACGCACCGGCGGCCGACCAAACAACCCAUAGUGCGGUCGCGGCCGCCCCUAAGGCAGCGCGCCUACGACGCCCCGCACGCCGGCCGCGCCGCGCGCACUUUAACCGCGAAAACCAAAGGCCAGGAGCUCGUAAAAUCCUGGCCCUGCCGCACGCCCAUCAUCUUAGAUGCUGCAAAUGCGAGAAGGGAGGCCAAAAAUGCAGUGCACGCGCCGAAGGUUCGGAUUGACCUCGAGUGGUGUUAUGGGUUUGACACGUCGAUCGUGGGGCGGAAUUUAUUUGCUAUCGAUCGUCAGCGAGUUAUGUUCGCUUGUGCAGCCCUGGUCGUGAUCUACGACACAAAAAAACAUACCCAGAAGUUCUUCCGCGGGCAUGGGAGCCGCCGGGUCACUUCCCUAACAGUAGACAGACGCAUCGCUUGUUCGGGAGACGCCCAUUCAAAACCAGAGGUCUUAGUCUGGGACGUCGAAACGUUACAAGUCCUCCACCGGCUCGGGUCGGGCUUCUUCCACCACCAUGUGCUCGUACUGUGUUUGUCACCAAAUGCAAAAGCGUUAGUGGCCAUCGACGCCUCGGAAACCCAUAACCUCGGCUAUUGGCGUUUAGAUGAUCUAAGACGAUUAGCAAGAUUGAAAAAAGAAAAACAGGAACACCAAAUCAGCGCGCGGGAAGCGCACGCCCACUGGGGCGGCAUGGCUUCCAAUGAUGUGGCUUCGGACGAUCUGAGGACCAAAGAGCAAAAACCAGCCGCAUGUCGGCGGGCCGAGGUCCACGAGCCCCCCGCCGUGUAUGAUGGGUGCUGGAUGUUCGAGGAUGAUACGAAGGAGGAACUCGUGGAAGGCGACCACGCGGGCGCGGGCGCGAAGCCGCAGUUCUGCACCGUGGGGCCCGGUGUGGAAAUCAAAUUUUACGGCGCGUUCGUCGCGUCGUCCUCCACGCCAUCGGCGCGACGCCUGCUCGAUGGCGUGGCGAUGCCGGUUCCUCGCCGCUCGACGGGGCCAGCACGGCCACGUCAUCGCCGAGAAAUGACUUAGUGAAGAACUAUCGGUGCACGCGACACACUGGUUGAUUUCCACACAGGUUGGGCCGGGGAGACACGUCAAGUUCUGGACGGCCUCCAAGGGCAUUCGCGUCGAUAAUAAUAGGGAGGACAUGACGUCCGCCAAGCACCAGUGGCGCGUCGAUAGUAAGAAUGGACAAUGGCCCACGAAAGACGAAACUACUCCCAUGUUCCAAUGUGUCUUCGUCGCUUCCACGCAAACAUUAUUGACGGGUGGGGGGGAUGGUCAAGUAUAUGCGUGGAAGGGGCGGGUGUGUUUUGCGGUAUUUCCGGUGCACGGUUCUACAGUGAAGGGCGUGAAUCCGAUUCGGCUCACCGUUGAUAAUGACAGGCUGUGUACCGGUGAUUCAACAGGGAGGGUGCGGUGCUGGGGGGCGAUACCACCUUCAGGUAAAGGUAGUAGUGCGGCGGGCUGGCGCGCGGGCGGCGCUCUUGUUGUCGAUGAUGCGAGGGGCAUGGAAAAAGAGACGUCGCAGGGAGCGCCUUUGCGAGACGUCUGCUUUUUGGGAGACGACAUGCUUGCGUUAACGUCACAGGGCGUCUUGGUUCGUAUUGAUACGAAGGGUGCGCAGUCCGUGCUGUUAAGUGGGCACUUCUCGCCGACGCCUACUACACAAUUGCGAGCCUGCGCUACACUAUCAAACAAUAGAGUCGUGACGGCGGGCAUGGACCGGCUGCUUUGUGUGUGGGACGUCGAGUCGAAGGAGCUGGUGAACUAUACGCGGUUGUUGCGACCGGCGCGGUGCGUCGAUGCUUCUGAGGGUAAAAUAGCCGCCGGUCUAGAUGACGGCAGCGUUGUGGUCGUGGAUGCGUCCACGAUGGAAACCUUGUUCAUAAUCAAGGGCGGCUCUCAUACAAAAACAGAAGUAGAAGAAAGAAGGCACCACGGCCUCGGCCCGUGCGGCCUCAUGGCCGCGCAAUCCGCGGGCCAGCAGCACGAGGCUUUGAAUGCCCAAAAGGUGUCGGACGACGGCGUCGACAGCGUGCGGCUCACGCCUGACAAAGUUGCGGUCGGGCGCCGCGACGGCUCGCUGCGCGUGUAUGCCAUGGACGGCGCGCAAGUCGUUUCAUACAACAACUGCGGGAGCCGCAUCAUCCAGAUCGACUGGGACGCCUCACAAAACUACAUCAGGUGCGCCACGGCGGCGAAGGAGCUGCGGUGGUUCGACGUCAGCCAAAGGAAGACGAUCAGCGCGCGCCGCGCGGCGGAAUUGGAUUGGGAGAGCCCGACGACGGUCUUCGGGCGCCACUGCGUCGCGGCGUGGUCCUCUUCAUUUAUAGUGGCGUCGUGCCACGCCGCGCGGGGCGUGCUCGCUUCCGGAAGUGACGCGGGUAUAUUAAGGUUGCUCAAGAGCCCGGCCGUGGUCCGGGGCGCCCCCGGCGUCGACGCCGCGGCGCACGCCUCGUCCAUCACUUCCGUAAGAUGGAGCGGCGACCGCCUGUUUACGGUCGGCGGCCGCGACCGCGCUUUAUUACAGUGGCGCGUCGUGCCUUUGAUGGAGAAGAAGCCGCUCACGGCGCUCCAGAAGGCGCGCGCCUCCCGAUUCUGGAAGGACGCGCGGUCGAAGCUCGCGCUCAUCGCGAAGACGGCCAAGACGACCGUCGGGGCGCUGCCUGUUGACGACGACGACGACGACGUCGUGUCCACAACGUCGUCGUCGGCGGCGCGGAAGACGGGCGCGCGCUCGGCCCUCUGCCACCUCUGCGGCGCGGCGAACCCCGUCACGAGUCGGCUCCGCCAUGUGGAGGCCUGCGCGGAGCGGUGGACGCGCGUGCACGAGGCGGCGCUCGCGGCGCCCGGCGACGACCUCGACGACCCGGGCGAGCUGCCGCCGGACCCACACGCGGGCGUCGUUUGCUCCCGCGUCCCUUUCCGACGCCAUCGACGCGACUACCCUUCCUCCACGCCAUCGACGCGAGGGGUCUACACUGCCUCUACGCCAUCGACGCAACCGCUUCGGUCACUCACAGGACUUCGACGGGCUGAGCAUGCCCGAGCUGGACGCGCGCAACGUCGAGUCGGAGCGCGUCUUCUUCGAGCACGCGCUCGUGCCCUGCGAGCACUGCGGGCGGCGGUUCCGGCGGGACGCGCUCCGGAAGCACCGCGUCUCGUGCACGGCGUCGCGGCCGUUUGCGAAGCCGCUCGCGCGGCAGACUGAGGGACGUGUGAAGGUGAGUAAUUGGCGUUAGCUACUAGUAGUUUUCGGUCGAUACAAUGUUACAACAGCUCGAGUGGACAGCUCCGACGUCGCGGGGGCUACAUACGACCGA